CCCCGCUGCCCUCGCGGCCCCGCGGGCGUCACCCGCGGGCCGUAACGUCCCAGCCCGACUGAGCUUCCCCGACGCCCCGGAGGGAGGGACCCGGAGGAGAAGGGCAGUCUCCCCUUUCAGCCCUGUCCAGUGUUAGGCUCCCGAACCGUCGUGGAGGAGACAGAAACGGAGAGGUGGAAACAGAGCCGGGGGAGGGAGGAACUCCACGCGACCUUCCUCCUCUGCAAACAGCCCGAAGAUGAAAUCGGCGUCCCGUAGCUGGUGAAGGAGGCAGUAAGAGGAUUCUUCAUGAGAAAAUGCUGCAACUGAAAGCUGGAAUGCAGCAGCCCCUAGAGAAGGGACCUGCUGAGAAGAGAGUGGGUGAGCAGCAGACUCAGCCAGAGGAGACAGGGUCCUCCGCUGUGUCCCACAGCAGGAAGGUAGCAAGAUUUGAGGAGACGCAGGAAAGAACACUCAGGAGACAGGAGGAGGAUCUCACAAGAUGUUGUCUACUAGCUGAGAAAUGGAAAUGCCAUUCCUUGAUCCAGGAUCAGGCUCGAGAGUUGACCCACCUGCGGCAGAAGAUGAGAGUGGGGAGAACUUUCUCUUCCCUUCUCAUUCAGCAUGUCAGGAACACAGUGAAAACCUUUGAGGAGCUCCUCAGCAGCAAUAAAAUUGACCACUGCAUGGAGCAGCGCUUCCGUGAGCAGCUGGCCAAGGGGAGCCAGCUGGCAGAGAGCCUUGCCAGCAAAUUCAGCACAGAUGACUGCAUAAGUGAGAAGAAUCAAACAGGACACAUGCUGCGGACCCUCAGUAUCUUAAGGGAGAUGCAUACAAAGGGUAAAGUGCCAGAAGCUCUAAAGACCAAACAGCAGGCCCAGCCCCAGACUCUGCCCCAGAUCCAGUCCAGCAGCCAUGCCCAGUCUGCUGCCCAUCACUCCUCCAGCAGCACCUCCCUGCUUCAUGAAGAGCAAGAAGUACACCCUGCAGUGGCUGUGGCCAAUCCCAUCCAUCAUUCUAAUAAUUCAGCUGUAAUGUCCUCUGAACCCUCAGUAUCUGGGACGUGUCUCAGGUUCAGGCUGAACCCAUCGCCAACUUGCCUCUCCCCAGAAUUCCCCAAGGAGGGCACUUGGGUAGCCUCGGUGCGGAGGAGGAGCAGCAUACAUUUAAAAUCCAACCUUCAUUUUCUCCUGCUCAGCUUUCUCUUUAAUUUUCCUCCUGAGAAAAGCAUUUCUGUUUUUAGGGAACUGUAUCAAUCAAAUUCUGGUGUAAAUAAUACUGAGAAACCAACCUUAGUCUGAUUUUUUUUUCCUGAAUUGACUGUUUUAAGCAAUGAAUGAGCCAUAUUGGGAUUUGACCUGAUACUAUUCCUGUUUCUCAUUUUGCCCUGAGGAUCAGAGCAGCAUAAUGUUUCCCCCGGGAUUAUAGCAACCAAGGAAAGAAAGGAAAUUCACAUUUAUUGAACAUCUGGUAUGCUCACAUAACUAACUACGCAUCUUGCCUUUAAUUUAAUCAGCAUAACCAUCCCCUCAAGUAGUUGGUGGUGUCCCAGUUUUACAAGGCUGAGGACACUGAGGCUCAGUGAAGUCAGGACACUUACUGAAGAGUGGCCAGCUUGGGAUGGCAUUCACUGUGAGCCUGACUCAACAGCUCAGACCGUCCACCGCACCGCAGCCUGAGCAGUCAGGGACCAAGCAGGGAGGGCGUCACCUCUUCGCACAUAUCUUUUGCUGGGUUUCUGGAGCCGGUGUUUUCCCCACUCCACUCUUUCUGACAAUGGUGUAGCCUCUGCAGAUGAGACAAGUCCCUAUGGACAUUGCACUUUCGUCCACGGAUUUAUGAAUGAAUGAGCUGUCCUUGAUGUGUAUGUGACAUCUUCCAAGGGGCCCAGGGGAGUUUUACCUACAUCCUUGAAUUCAGUUGCCCAGAGUCACUUGACCCGAACUCAGGGCCACCCUGGGAGACAGCAGAAGGGCAAACACACCUUCCCCCUCACCGACAAUUCCCGCCACAACUGGUAGGGAAGGCCACAUCUCAAGUGGCCUCAUCGCAUUGCAUCACCCCUAUUUUCUGCCACCUUCUUCUCUGAGGGAGAUUGAAACCCUUCUUUGUUCCAUCUGAAGUCAUUAUCCUCUCAGAGGGGCAUUGGCUUAUCACUGCUCCUCCUCUGUUUUUUGGACCAAACUUUGUAGAACAGUUAACAAGCAGUGUGACUGGUGGGGCAGCUUCCCGGUGAGGUGAAACCCUUCUCACUAGAGGCUGCUCCCUGUUGCUUUCUGCGUACAGCAUAGGGCAUGUUUUCUGUGCAUGUGGCGAGGGGAGACUGGGACGUGAAAUACUGAUCACUGUCACCGAUGGACCUGGGACUCCUGUGGCCCUGGUUGAGUGUCAGCUGGUUUUCUAGGGAGGGGACAAAGGAGGUUUGAAAGGGGGUGGGAAAAGAAAAAGAAAAAAGAAAAAAUAAAUUUAGUUUACAUUAAACAGAAGAAAGAGGUUGGGAAUCACCUUUUGAUUGAGUUCCUACAUUGUUGGGCAUUGUGUUAAAGACUUAAUGGUAGGCUACCUUACGCUUUUUUUUCACAGUGAUGCUAAUUAUAACUGGUUUUAUGUAAGACCAUACAUAAUGGAAGGAGAAGACCUACUGGAUAUUGAUUCAAGUGCAUAGUUCCUUAGAGGAACUUGACUUGGUUGGAAAACAAGGACUUCACUCCUAUCUGCUUAGAGGAGAAACUUGCCAGACAAUUUAAGCUAUAUUUAAGAAUUAUUUUUACAGUCUUGUGAGCCAUUCUGGGUGAGAUCCAAAUCACCACUUGCCUUCCUCAGAGACCCCCUCAGCCUCAGUAGGCAUCCAGAGUAGGAGGCAGGAGGAGUGGGAGCCACCAGGAGCGUCACCCUGUCUCAGUUCUCUGCACAACGGCCAUAACCGGAGGCCAUUUUCCUUUUCUCUUCCUCCUCCAACAACCCCCAAUCGAGAACAGUCUCAGGAAGGAUUAGCCACUGUGUCACUGGCAAGGGCAUAGACUGUCCAGUGAAUAUAUUACCUGUUCACAGACUAGCAAAAUGCUCAUCUCCUUAACCUUGUGAUUUGUAAGAUCUGCAGUGAUUUCUGCUACAGAAGGAGACAUUUCUGAAGUGCCUCCAUAGAGAGAGGCAGGAGAGUGGCCCCUGUACUUUUCCUGUGCAUAUAUUGUGACCCUCAGAUAGUACAUCUAACCACCGCUUCUUUGUUUUUCCUUUUUUUAAAUUCAAGUAUAGUUAGCAUACAGCGUUAUAUGAGUUUCAGGUGUACAAUAUAGUGAUUCAAGAAUUCAAUACAUUUCUCAGUGCCAAUCAUGGUAAUGUACUCUUAAUCUCAUCUAUGCCACCAUCCUUCACCCACCUCCUCUCUAUAUUUAAGAGUCUGCUUUUUGUUUAUUUCUCUUUUUUUGUUCAUUUGUUUUGUUUCUUAAAUUUCACAUAUGAGUGAAAUUAUAUGAU